AUGCAAGGAUCAAACAGAGACAGAAGGAACAAAGUGAAAAAGGUAAGAGUAAAGAAGGGAAGAAACAGAGUGAAGACAGGUAGCAACAGAGAGAAGAAGAGAAGAAAGAGAGUUAAGAAGGGAAGAAACAGAGUGAAGACAGGUAGGAACAGAGAGAAGAAGGGAAGGAAAAAAGUGAAGAAGGGAAGAAACAGAGUGAAGAAGGGAAGAAACAGAGUGAAGACAGGUAGGAACAGAGAGAAGAAGGGAAGGAACAGAGAGAAGGGAAGCAACAGAGUAAAGAAGGGAAUAAAGAGUGAAGAAGGGAAGAAACAGAGUGAAGACAGGAAGAAACAGAGAAAAGAAGGGAAGGAACAGAGUAAAGAAGGGAAGGAACAGAGUAAAGAAGGGAAGAAACAGAGUGAAGAAGGGAAUAAACAGAGUAAAGAAGGGAAGAAACAGAGUGAAGAAGGGAAGAAACAGAGUGAAGAAGGAAAGAAACAGAGUGAAGAAGGAAAGAAACAGAGUGAAGAAGGGAAGGAACAGAGGAAGGAACAGAGUGAAGAAGGGAAGGAGCAAAGUGAAGAAAGGAAGGAACAGAGUGAAGACAGGAAGGAACAGAGAGAAGAAGAGAAGGAACAGAGUGAAGAAGGAAAGGAACAGAGUGAAGAAGGAAAGGAACAGAGUGAAGAAUGGAAGAAACUGAGUGAAGAAUGGAAGAAACAGAGUGAAGAAGGGAAGAAACAGAGUGAAAAAGGGAAGGAAAAGACUGAAGAAGGGAAGGAACAGACUGAAGACAAAAAGGAACAGAGUGAAACAGGAAGGAACAGAAUGAAGAAUGAAAGGAAUAAGGUGAAGAAGGCGAAGAACACAAAUGGAAGGAACAGAGUGAAGAAGGGAAGGAACAGAGUGAAGAAGGAUAGAAACAGAGGCAAGAAGGAUAGAAAUAGAGGCAAGAAGGGUAGAAACAGAGGCAAGAAGGAUAGAAACGGAGGCAAGAAGGAUAGAAAAAGAGGCAAGAAGGAUAGAAACAGAGUGAAGAAUGGAAGAAACAGAGUGAAGAAGGGAAGAAACAGAGUGAAGAAGGGAAGAAACAGAGUGAAGAAGGGAAGGAAAAGACUGAAGAAGGGAAGGAAAAGACUGAAGAAGGGAAGGAACAGACUGAAGACAAAAAGGAACAGAGUGAAGACAGGAAGGAACAGAUUGAAGAAUGAAAGGAAUAAGGUGAAGAAGGCGAAGAACACAGUAAAGACAUGA